GUUUGGAGAAGGUGAUAAAAGGUGGAAAGCCAGAGGAGCUCAGCAAGGCUACAGAAGCCCCGAAGUUGCCGGAGCUUUCAGAAUCAUCUUCAGUGGACUUCGGAGAUUGGUUGUACUUCAUGGACCAUGUCAUGAGUGACCUUGCAGCUUCGAGCGCGGAGUGGUGGCGCAUUUUGCUCCAAGACGCUCAGGAGUUUUAUGACAAGUACCAGGCGGCCGACCAGUUCACACGGCUGUCGUUGAGGCCAACGCCUUCUACUGAGCUCGGGGAUCAGAGAUGGAGCAGGCUGGACAGGCGUGGAGCAGCCACGCUUCUGGCGGCGACCCCAGAGGAUGUGAGAAAGGAAUUGGUCGCAGCGAGAACAAAGAGUACACUGGAGGUUUUGUCCCGGCUCAUGGUGAUCUACAGGCCUGGGAGUGCUCAGGAGAAGGGCCAGUUGCUGCGGAAAAUAGAGAGCCCAGAUCCGUCGAACACAAGUCAUGAGGCGGUAGAGGGCCUAAGACAGUGGCUGAGGCACUACCAGAGAGCACGAGAUUUGAAGCUUACAACCCCAGACCCCUCUGUGAUGCUUCGUGGCCUAGACGCUUUGGUGAGAAAGCCAGUUCAGGAUGUUUCAGAGGUCGCGUUUCGCAUGAACCUUUUAAGGUACCACCUCAAGGUCGACUUCAACCCGUCCGAGGAGUCCUUGUUGGCCGUGCGUCGAGCUUUUCUGGCAGAGUUCGAGCAGUUGGGUUUCAGAAAGAAGGCCCGAACUACGCAGGACACCAGUGCGCAGGGACCCAAGGUCAGAGCUGUGGAGGCUGGGGGCGCGCAGCCGGGGAGCACGCCUAUGCCGACCUCGCCGUCAACAACCCCAAAGGGCGUGACAAGGCCUUGCAGGUUCUACACGUCUGAUGAGGGAUGUCGGAGGGGGAAGGCAUGCAAGUACGAGCACAGCAUGAAGGACCUCAGUAAGGCGGAACGUCGUGAUCGAUGCUACGAGUGUGGAGCAAAAGGGCAUCAAGCGGCGGCUUGUCCAACGAAGAAGGAGGUGCAGCAAAAGGCAAUUGCGGCGGGUGACUCACCGGCGUCUUCAACUGGCGGUACAAGCGGGAGAAGAGCUACGGCGACUGCGAAGAGCCAGAGAGGAUCUGAGGCAGGGGAAGUUAGCCAAAAUGUCGCAACGCCUACAGCAGCAGCUACCUCUACGGUGCCAGCCGAGUCUCCAGUGCAAGGUGUCCCGGUCGAGCAGCUCAUAGAGGACGCACAGAAGCUGAUGAAGGCCUUUAUGGAGCAGAAAGCAACGCCGCAUGUGCAGGUGUUUCGUGUUGAGGAAGCGGUAAAGAGGGACUGCGGGUCAUCACCGGCAUUGCGGGAGUUCUUCAGGCAAAACGAGGAGCUGGUGAACUUGAACCGCAUGGGACUCUUGGACUCGGGAGCCACACACCCGCUUAGGCCGAAGACGGUGAAGGACAAUAUUGGCUCCAUGGACAAUGUUAAUGUGACGUUGGCUGGGGAGAACCGGGUGCAGAUGGAGCAAAACAAGGCUGGAACCAUUGUGUCGGAUCAGAAUAUUCAGCCGAUAGUCCCACUGGGUACCCUCAUAAAGGUCAUGCAAUGUGAUGCACUACGACUCAUCGCUGAGUUGGAGGAGGCGAAGCUCACAGAAACGAUGAGCUCACUGGCGCAGUUGAAGGCCUCAGUUGCAGCAGCGAAGGAGUACCGGGAAAGGGGUUGGAAGGAUCAAGUUCGGGACUAUAUGGUUACCGGUGCCUAUGAGGAUGGGGUGAAGGCGGUGAUGUGUGCGCCUUUCAUGAACCAUGUGCCUAUGCGGGAUCAGCUGCAAGUUGUUGCCCCCAUGCCAAAGGACGAGAACGAGGCGUGGCAAUGGAUGAAGAAGUUUCCCAUGAACAGGGCCAAUCGACGGCGACUAUGGCAAGCCCGUGAGUGGACUGUUCACAUUCACAUGUUUGCCGGUGGAGGAGUGAAGAAUGAUCCUCUACGUGACCUUCCUGGAUUGGUGGAGGUAGAUGCAAAAAGGGGGUGGGACCUCAAUGAUGACAAGAUCUAUGGUGUGUUCUUGUGGAUUGCCAAGGAGGGAAGAUUGAACCAUGUCGUGGGGGGUCCUCCGGCUGGAACGUUCUCGCCAUGGCACUACAAGACGGAGGGAGGCAACAGAAAAAGGACAGUUCGCUCUACAUGGGAGCCGUGGGGGCUCAGAGAGGGACUCACUCCGGAGGAAAGCUCAAAGGUCCUGAACGAGAAUGUGAUGUUGCACAAGAUGGUGUGGCUGUGGCUGUGCGCAGAGGCAGCAAAGGCGGUCGGCACCGAGGGUGGUGAUCAACACCGAGUUGGGUUUUGUCUGGAGUAUCCUGAGGACCCUCACAACUACAUGCCGGAGGGUGACCACCGUGCAGCUUGUGUAUCUGUGUGGAGAACGGAGUUUAUGAGGGAGCUCAUCAAAGAGACAGGCUUGCGGAAGUUCCAGUUUGAGCAAGGGGCGUUGGGGCACAUGUUCAAGAGACCUACAUGUUGUUUGAGCAACUUGGGACUGGGAAUACAUGGGCUCAAAGAUCAAAGGGCCUACGUAGCAGCGGACACCAAGGAGGUGGAUCAGUCUACAUGGAGUGGUGAGAGCCCCGUGGUGGUAAAGAAAGCCAUGGCCCAGAAGGAGUUGGACGAAUGGAAGGCUCACGUUGAACGUACGGGAAGACCGGCAAGAAAGGUGGUUCACAGGGACGCCUACGUGAUGAGCCUGGAUAUAGCUGGCCCGUUUGCAACCCGAGGCAAGGAUGAGGUGAGAGGAAAGAAGUACCGGUUCGUGCUUGCGGCGACCUACCUCUAUCCAAAGAUUCGGGACGUGCCCGAGGACGACCCCAUUCCGAAUGAGGAGGAGGCCGAGGAGUUCUUGAACGAGGAGGAAGAGGAGCCGGAAGAGCACGAGCAUCCGGAAGAUCCUGAUUGUGAAGCACAAGAGGAGGAAUGGAAAAAGAAAGUAGCGGACCUACGGAAGCCGAUGGAGCUUCAAAUGCUUCGGUUUUGCGUUCCGUUGGAAAGACAUACUGGGAAGGAGAUCCUCGAGUGCAUCCAGGACCUGUAUGUGCAGCUGAGGGCAAUGGGUCUACCUUUGACCAGGAUCCACAGCGACAGAGCUAGAGAGUUCCGGGUCAAGCCAGUGCGAAAAUGGUGUCGGGAGCGGGAUAUCUACCAAACGUUCACCGAGGGCUUGGCGCCUACACAGAAUGCGGUGGCGGAAAGUCAUGUGAAGUGGCUCAAAGGCAAGGCGCGAGUUCACCUCAACGAGAUGGAGUUGGACAAGGAGUUUUGGCCCUGCGCUAUGAAGCAUGCGUGUCACCAGCACAAUGCAAGGCAGAUGGGAACGAAGGCUGCAAGCAUCAAGUUCGGCUCUGUCGUCUGGGUGAAGUCAAAGAAGGACAGGGGGCCGUUUGAUCCAAAGUGGGAGCGAGGCAAGUAUAUGGGUCCAGCCGAUGAUGUACGUGAGGGCCACGUGGUUCGUUUAGAUGAUGGUCUUUGGCUUCGCACUCUGCACAUGAGAACGGUGAGGGACGACGAGGUGGAGUGGGAGGAUGAGGAACACGUUGUGGACCUCAUUGAGCCUACGAAGCGUGUGCGAGGUAAGACCAAGUUGAGUGAUCCAGAAGUGCGGGCGAUCCGCAAGCACGAAAGGAGCGUCUUGGUGAAGGAGCUGCUGGAGUCCAAGAUUUGGGAUUCGCCCCAGGCCAAAGUAGAACGACCUCAGAUGAAGGAGGGUGAAGUCUGGGAUGGUGCGGCGUAUAUCAAUUUGGGUGCGUACCAACACGGUGGGGUUACCAGUAUCACCAGGGCAACAGAGAAGUUCAACAAGGAAGCAGUCCUUGCAGCUAGGCUUUUGGCCAUUGAUCACCCGGGAUCCUCGUUCACCUCAGUGGCUUUGGUGAAGAAUGCAGUGAUGCCAGUGCACCGAGACUCCUUCAACCACAAGAAGGCGAUGAACUUGAUAUCGCCUCUCAAGGUGGCAAAAGGAAGCUGUGUGUGGCAGGAGUUGAAGGAAGGGGACGAGUUCAAGGGGAACUACCAUGCUAUGCGGGUGGAUGAAAAGGAAGUACCUGGUCAGAAGAUGAGCGUGGAAAUCCCAGCGAAGAUUCGCCCUGACCGUCUUCAUGCACCACUACGAGGGGAAGAAGGGGACAGGAUCGUGGAAUGGGAGAAGCUGCGACAGCUCCAAUGCGAUGAUCUGGAGGAGUUGGGCUUUGUUCUACCGGAGCGUGAACCGGUGGUGAAAAUGAUGGACGCAAAUGGGAGAAGGAGGCCACCAACACCACCUAUCCCAGAGGAUGACCUCGGGGCCACAGGGUCGUCGAGCGAGUCGACUUUGCCAAGGUCCGGGCAAAGGGAGUACCUACCGGAAAUGGGUGGAGAGCGCCUAGAUAGCAUGGUGGUUCCUGGAGGUCGGGUGGAGCUUCGUUUGAAGUGGGCUAUCAAGUAUAUCCCUGACCUCUCCAAUCAACGGGAAGAAGUUGUGAUGACGUCAGUACCGUUGUUGCCACUUGCCCACGAUGAGGAGGAGCGGAUGAGAAGCAGGGUGGCAUGGCUAUCGGAGUUUGUGGAGGAAGAGAGGAAGAUCAGAGCGAGGCAGGCCGAGAGGGGGGAGUAUGCCACGCAACGUGAACGACAGGUGUUCUACAAGCUUGAUGACGCCAUUGACUACAUGAAUGAGAUCCUUUGCCUGAGUCACCAAGCAAGGGAACAAGCAACCAUGAGCAUGAUGAAGUUGGUACAGGAGACAGAGACGACUCCGGAGGUGGAAGAGAUGCUCCAGGCCCUCACCGAGCCGAUUGAUACCGUGCACGGAGUUGAGCUGCAGGAGGUCAAACGCCAUUUGAUGGAAUGGCAAGAGAGCAUCCAGAAGGAGAUUGAGGUUCUGGAAACGUCAGGCACGCUUCGUCGAAUAUCACUUCAAGAAGCUAGGCGACUCGCGGAAGCUGGGGAGAUUGUCCUGGUACCGUCGAAAACGGUACACACCGUUAAGCCCCCUUCGGGGGGAAGCGGCAGCCAGUUGUACAAAAGGAAAACCAGAAUGGUGAUAUGUGGCAAUCACGUCAGCAGCGAGGUCGAAGUCUACACCGCCGCGGCCAACGCGGAAUCAGUGCGUGUGGCGUUGUCAUUGGCUGCUCGGCGGCGGUGGGCAGGAGCAGUGACAGACGUGAAUAGCGCUUUUACGCUUGCACCAAUGGAUGAAGCAGAGAUCAAGUACGGCAUCACGGUACCGAAAGUUGUUGUGGAGGCGGGAGUGGUCCCACCAAACACAGCGUACCUGGUGGACAGGGUGUUCUACGGUCUGCGAGAGGCACCAAGGCUAUGGGGGAGUUUCAGAGACAAGAGGGUGCACAGAGCUCGGUUGUUUGUGGGUGGCCGGGAGUGCAUGUUCCUACAGAUGGAAACGGACCCUGCAGUAUGGAGGUUGGUGCCGUGCGACGACCACAAGAACACCUUGGCGUUGAUGGUGAUUUAUGUGGAUGACGUGAUGAUGUUGGCGCCGGAGAAUGUCAUCAAGGACAUUUACCAAUGGCUCACCGAGGGCAUUGAGGGCGACAAAGGCUGGAAGUGUUCACCGAUGGAGUGGAUCGGAAGGACUCCAGCGAGCCGACCUUCGCAGGUUCCUGCUACCAAGGACACCAUGCCGUUGCAGGACGACCUGGAUGAGGAGGAGGGAGACGAACAAGGAGAACCAGACCCCGGACAGGUCAAGCAGGCCCAGCGCAUAGCAGGUGAACUGCUCUGGCUAGUGACUCGCACUAGACCGGACAUUGGGUAUGCAACAGCUCAUGUAUGUGGAGCAGCCUUGAAGAGCCCUGCAGCUGCACUCCGUCUAGGGAAAAUGGUGAUGAGGUAUUUAGCCGCCACGCCAACCUGGGGGUUGACCUACAAUGGGGUGGGAGAGCCGGUCGAAGCUUUCUCCGAUGCCAGCUUUGCCCCACAAGGUGAUCGAAGCUUUGGUUGCGUGACUACGACGACCUAUGGUGGGUUCGCUGCAUGGCGGAUGACAAAGCAGCCUACCGUUGUCUUAUCAGCAGCUGAAGCAGAGUUGGUGGAGUUGGGAAACGCAAGCCAGCAGGCUGCAGGACUGCAAGCCUGGGUGGAAGAGGCGUCGCCAGAGGAUUCCGGCAAGCCACUGAUAUUGCGGGUGGACAAUACAGCGGCGUGUGGUCUGGCAACUACGGCACCGGGCUCAUGGAAGACAAGGCACUUGAAGGUCAAGGCUCGAGAGGUACAAGCUGCGGACAUGGGGACGAAGCCAGUACCAGUGGCGAGAUUGGUGGAUCUUCGAAAGCUGUGGGGGAUGUGCUCCGCAGAGGAUUUUGAGGCGGGUGAAGAGGAAGUCAUCAUCAGGAGUCUACGCGGCGGAGACUAUUAUGAUUUGUUGAGGAUGAUGGCGUGGAUGAUGAUGGUGUCGAAGAUCCCGGGAGUCAAGGCAGCAGGCGUAUACCACAAGGAGCCUUUGAGUUACGAUGGCAGCGUGGAGUUCUACGUGCUCCUGCUGGUUGGUGGUAUAGCUUUGCUGGCUGUGUGGGAAGCUCUGAAGUGGAUUGUGCAAAGGUGCUUCGGAGAAGAUGAGGCCACCGUGGCCAAAGCCAGGCGACUCCUGAAGAUCCGCAACCAGGCCACCAGGGCGUUGCAGCAAGAGUUGGAGUCGAUGAGUGCAAGUUCGUCGGACCCUAUCGGGCUCGAAAAGCAGGGCGGGGUCGAGUCGAGAGUGGCGGAUAAGAUUGGGGACUACCAGCGACUGCGGACAAGCUUCGUGAUGUCGGAAUAUGGUGACAAGCUACAUGUGGUCUGCCACUACUGUGACAGCAAGUAUCCCCUUUCCUACCGCGCCCUUGAAGGCCGUAUGAGGUCCGAAAGCUUUUGUGUCGUGUGCAGUGCUGUAAAGAAGCUGCCGAUGCCCGUGGUUCAAAGGGCGGGCUACGGGUGUUUGACACGUCGACUGCUAGUGGCCUGCGCGUUCCUUCCCCAGUCAUCGAGGGCUGAUGCCGCAGCUGUGGCGGGUUCCAACACAGUUCCCGGACCACCACGAGUCAUGCAGUCUCAGAUCAAGUUUCCUGACUUCAUCCGCAUGGAAGGUCCCACGGGCGAUUUCAGCAUCAAUAUUCCGACAGCAUGGAGGGCAGAGUUUGAGAAUAUUCCUGGUCGACUGGUUUAUGCCGUGGAGAAUGCGGCGGGCUUCAACAGUGCAACGCUUCAAGUCGCCCGCCUUGAGCUCUCCAAGCUUCUGGCAGCUGCUGGAACCGCUCCAUCUAAGAGUAAAACCAGUGAUUGGCAGGAUGUCGUUGUUGCAAACAUCACUGAAGCAACUGUUGCACAGAUCCUCAUGGCUGUUGCGCAGCAAGGUCUCAGUACUGAGCCGUUGGACAGCUUUGCAAAGACAAUUGUUCUCAAUACGGAGAUUGAGGCACCAGAACCCAACGCAGAUGCAUCGUCGCUUCUCUGGCAGGCGAAGGCAGUUGUCGACGAUUUCCGCGGAAGUCGGAUCAUUAGCGGCAGGGCCUUGCUGAGACAGGGCGUGGUGGUGUUCGCGGUAGCGACCGGUUCGGAGCGUUUCGGGGCGGUGUCCAGCACCAUAAGCACCAGUGGUUUCGGCUGGGAGUACAACAACCGCCUUGUUGGCAGCUUGCGACUAAGGCGUCGCUGA